UCGAAAGCGGGGCCUUGAUCCUCUCCUCGGGCAGUGGCUGCGAGGAGCCAGUGCCGCGUUCCCCGCAGCCGUCGGGACCGGCACAGCCGCCGCGCUCUUUCCGCGCACCGCUGGCCCCCACCGAGCGCCUAUGGGCAUCUGCGGCCGGCGAGGGCUUCGCACCACCGGCAGCGGCAGAGGGCGGCGACCGCCACCCCGCUUCAUCGCCCCUUGGAAUCUAUAGCCGGCGGACGGAGCGCGCUGCGGACGCWUCCCCGCCUCCGUGCAGGAUGAUUUGGAAAUUUGCCUUGUCCGUUUUUCUGAUGGCAGCAUUGGUUCGAGUGACGGACGCCAGGAAAAACCGGCCCGCAGGUGCCAUUCCCUCCCCGUACAAAGGCAGCAGCAGCAACCACUCGGAGCGGAGGCAGCAGCUGAACAAGGAGGUGCUGGCCUCCAGCCAGGAGGCCCUGGUGGUCACCGAGAGGAAGUACCUCAAGAGUGACUGGUGCAAGACGCAGCCACUGCGGCAGACUGUCAGCGAGGAGGGCUGCAUCAGCCGCACCAUCAUCAACCGCUUCUGCUACGGGCAGUGCAACUCCUUCUACAUCCCGCGCCACGUGAAGAAGGAGGAGGAAUCCUUCCAGUCCUGUGCCUUCUGCAAGCCCCACAAGGUCACCUCUUCCACCGUGCAGCUGGAGUGCCCCGAGCUUGACCCGCCGUUCCGACUCAAGAAAAUUCAGAAGGUCAAACAGUGCCGGUGCAUGUCUGUGAAUCUGAACAGCUCGGGCAAACUGUGAGAGCAGGCAUGUAGCUGCCUCACAUCAGCUUUACUGCUGCCUCGCCUCUCCCACUGAUCAGACUGUCCAUUUUGUUGGUUUGUUUCUUCUUUUCCUUUUUUUUU